CCGAGAAAUCUGGCAACUCAUCUUGUUGUGGUGCACUGGAAAGGUGAAAAAGCACGUCCGAAGAUGGGCGGAUAUUACAGAUAGUAGUGCACCGUUUGGAAAGUAGUCUGAGCUGCAAGAAAGAGCAGCUCUUAUUUCCCUCUCGUACUAGAGUUAGUGGGCGCCAAUGAAUGAAAGUGAAAUCUAGUGUGAUGCCCAUUCGCCGAGCAGCAGCGACUCCGACCCAGGAGAAGGCCCCCUCCGCUGCAGCAGAGAAAGAGCCGGAAGCGACCACCAAAGAGUCGUUGUCCGCUGAUGAGGAGCCGACUGCAUCUUCUGCUGCUGCAGAACCAGCUGAGAUGGAGGAGGCUGAGGCCGCAGAUGUGACAGAGCCCACAGAGAAUGGAGAGAAAGAAGACGGUGGAGAAGCAGAACCUAAAGUAUCAGAAAACAAAGAGAAUAAAGAUGACAAAUGCAAGGACUGCGCCGCUGGACAGUGCGCAACACACUGCUAUGUUCUCCUACUAAGGUUAAAGGAUGGAUACAAAUACGAGAAAACCAAAGCCAAGAAGGUGAAAAGGACUAUUCCAGCAUGGGCCAGUGUCGCUGCGAGCAAAAAGGUUCCAGUCUCAAACUUUGCAGGCACUCAGCACAAAUUGGAUAAUAUCCUGGUUGAGGCUAUUAUGUCUUGUAAUAACAGGUCCGGGGUUUCAUACCAGUCCGUCAUUAAAUAUAUUGUGAAGAAAUACCCGGGGAUGGAGCUCGACAGGAAGAAGUUCUUGAUCAAGAGGGCAUUAAAGAAACAUGUGGACAACGGCACCAUCAGACGGCUGAAGGGUAAGGGCCUUUCUGGAACUUUUGCCAUUGGGAAGCAGCCUGCUGCAUCUAAGAAAGGUCCGCAGGUGGCUGAGUCUCUGGGUGACGCUCUGCCUCUCAUCAUCACCCGGCUCUGUGAGCCCAAAGAGGCCUCCUACAAUCUGAUCAAGAAAUACCUGGAGCAGCACUUCCCCAACCUCAACAUCGAGACCAGGCCACAUGUCCUGAAGUCAGCCCUGGUGAGGGCAGUGGAGAAAGGCCAGCUGGAGCAGAUCACUGGGAAAGGAGCUAACGGGACGUUUCAGCUGAAGCGCACUGGGAACCAGGUCUUGCUGAAGGGAGGCGCGUUGGAGGACGCCAUCACAGCUGCCAUCACAGCCAUGAACGAACCCAAGACCUGCAGUACAAACUCUCUGCGCAAAUACCUUGUAGACUCCAACAAGGACAGAAAGGAGCACCUGUUGGUGGCCCAUCUCAGAAGGACGCUGAAGAAGUGUAAGGUGCUGGGCUGGAUGGAGCAGAUCACCGGACAUGGCUUCACAGGGACCUAUCAGCUCUCAUUCCCCUUCUACCCCAGCCCCACCAUCUUGUAUCCAGAUAAGUUUAAAGACCCUCCGAAGAAAACCCCUUCAACCAAACGGAGGCAGACAGUUGAAACUUCAGAGGAGUCUGAGGAAGAGUCUGAGGAAGAGGAGUCAGAAGAUGAAGACGAAGCUCCUCCUCCUCGUAGGAAAUCUCGAAAGAGGCCUCCACCCAAAGCUAAGCGUCCUCCACCGGCCAAGAAAUCUCGAAGCAGCAGUCGGGGCAGGGGGCGGGCCCUGGCAAAGAAGUCUCCAGCCAAGAAAGCGGUGCCUUCAUCCAAGAGACUGGCGAGCAGGACGAGCUCCACCUCCAAGAAGGAGUCUGCACCACCACCUAAAGCCACACCUGUGAAGAGAGGAGCUCCUGCAAAAAAGCCCAAAAAACCAGCUGUUAAGAAGCUCGCCAAAAGGGGGUCCAAGCGACCUGCGUAUAAAGAGUCUUCUGACGAGGAAGAGAAGGAAGAAGAAGAGGAGGAGGAAGAAGAGGAGGAGGAAGAAGUCGUAAAGGAGACGACGAGAGGCGGCUCCAAGCGCUCCAAGCCCAGCGAGUCAUCCCAAAACCCGCCGCCAAAAAGCAAGCGUCCAGAAGUCGGUCCAGUCGGCCUGAGUCGUCCCCAGCAAAAAAGGGCGCCAAGAGCAACAAGUCCACUCGGAAGUCCAAGAGAGGGAGACGCUGAGGCCACUUCCACAGUGGGCCGCUCUCAGACGCAGUGGCCCGCCGCUUCUUUCCAGUGCUCUCUCUUUUUAUCAGUUUCUCCCUUUUUAAUGGGGCAGUAGUUUUUUAUUUCUAUUGUAGAAUAGAAACAUUAUCCUACCCGUUCCGUUUUCUGUACAUUAAGAGUUCCUGAAUUUCCUUUUUAAUCACAGUGUGUAGAAAAGCUCAGUUAGUGCCGUUCAAACAGAUGUGACCAACUGCCCAUUUGGGAAAGCAUAGCAAGAUCCACCAGACUGUAACUAGAACAAUGUAGUAACUUCUGUUUUUAUAUCUCUUCCUCAUCCACUGUAGAUGUGGGCAGCACACUUCAGUAAUAUCAGAUGCAGUGAGCGAGCAGUCAGUGUUCCGGAAAUGAAAAGAAUGUCCACUUUAACAUCAGUUAUUGGUUGAAAAUUCUUCUCUAACAUUGUUUUCUAAAACAAAGGUGUCACGGCGGUCGUCCUGUGUCCCGGGGUGGCUCACCACUCAGUAUGUGUCAGAAUUUCUGAAAGUUUGUCCAUACGUAAGCUAUUUGUUUAUUUAUAACAGAAAUUUCCCCUGUGAAGGAUUAGGCCUGCAGGUUGUGAACUCGUACAACAACAGAUAAAAAACCAGUCGGCAUUUGUCUCCGAACGACUCACAUCGGGAAAUGUGUAUUUUUUGAUAUGUGUGUAAACAAGCAUAUGCAUAAAUCCAUUUAAUUUCCUCAGCUGUUAUUCAGUCAGUACCAACCUGUAAGAAAUGUGUUGUGAAUAAGAAAAAGGAGGUGAAGAGCUCAAUACGUACAUACCCUGCAUGCAUAUAUUUCUUGUGUUGUUAAGCCUUUUUUCCCCAGAGUCAUUAAUAAAAUGGCUACAUUUGUAAA